AGGUCCUGUGUUGUAUCAUAUUCAAUAGGUCAGAGAUUUCUUGGCUGAAAGCUGACUUUUAUCCCUGUUUUAUAUGUAUUAUAAACUUAGAAAUAUAAUACAUAUACAUGAUAAUAAACAAAACAACUAAUAGUGAAUAAAUAAUUCAUAAAGACGCAGGAAAUGAUAAUUAUAGAUAUCCUGCUCUGGCCACUGAGAGAUCACAGACUGCAGAGCAUGAGGGACCAAAGAGGUGGGGACUGAGAAGAACAGGAAGUGAGAAUCAUGUUAAAACGAGCUGAACCCUCUUACGGAUAUACACACACACACACAAACAAGCAUCAUGCAUAUGGCUACCACUCAGCUACUCUUCCUCUCCAUCAUCUUCCUCUUUGUACUGCCAGGUGCUGAUGCUGGAGCUGUGUCCACAGUGAGUGAUGUAGCUGUACAGACAGGAAGAUCUGUCACCAUCCCAUGUCACUAUGAUAAGAAAUAUGAAAAGCAUGUGAAAUACUGGUGUCGGGGGUCAGAUUGGAAUACGUGUCGUACUCUAGUACGAACUGACUCUCCAAAAGUCGAAGGUGAAACAUCAAUCACUGAUGACCCUACACAUCAUGUAUUUGCUGUUACCAUGACAAAGCUGAAGACAGAGGUCUCUGGAUACUACUGGUGUGGUAUAGAGAUCAAUGGUGGUGGAGAUGAGAGCACACGUCUGUACCUGUCUGUCACUGCAGGCACUCCUGGACUCUGGGUUGACCAGCAGGAGGUGACCGGUGUGGAAGGGGGCCAUGUCAGUGUGCAGUGUCACUAUGAUGAACCGAGCAGCAUGAAGAAGUGGUGCAGGGCUGAGGGCUCCGGUAUGGAAUUGAAUUUUGGUAAAUCUGGAAGAGCAGAGAUCAAAAAUGGCCGUUCUAAAAAUGUCUUCAUUGUGACGAUGAGGGAGCUGAACAGAGAGGACACAGGCUGGUAUUGGUGUGCUGCUGGAGAACUACAGAUCCCUGUUCACAUCACUGCUGCUCAAGAAACUACAACUACCACAUUCUGGACUUCGAGCUUGCUGACAGAUGCCAUCGCAUCUCCCUCUGAAGCCCACAAGCAGUACACACUGGUCAUCACAACAGAAGCACCUUUUACUGUGUUCGACUCUUCUACUUCCUAUGUCCAGAAGCCCAGUUGUCCAGAACACGGAAGCCAGCCGUGUUCCAGUGCACCGACGAGCUUGGAAUGGACUCUGGGGCCGCUACGCCACACCGGGGUUGCUUUGGUGUUCGUAAUAUGCUCCGCCGUCGCCUUUUGGAAGAUUUGGCGAUACCGCAGAGCGCAGCACUCGAGAAAGAAUAGAGAAGUCGUGGGACGUUACGCAAAGAACACCGCAGAGCCCUGCAAUCUACUGACCAUGGAUGUGAUCGCUCUGAUGUCAUCAUCACCAGAAUCGUUCCAGCCUCAGCUUUAACGCCUCAAUAUCUGCACCUAUCACCUGCCACAGUUUCUAUCCUAUUUUAAUUAUAUGAUGAUGUUUAUUAAUAAUUUUGACCAUGUGCUCAUCAACUGUGUUAUUUUUAACUAUGUACUGUAACAGACUACACAUAUUUACAGAAGGUAUAUGCUAUCUGCAUUAUGAUAUAUAAUUCCCAAUGUGUUACUUACAAUGAAGCCUGUUAAAAAUUGGUUACGCAAAUAAUAAUGAAGUAUUUCAGAAUCCCAACUGCAAUUCUGUUUACAUCACUGAACUAUUUAAGAAGAGUUAAUUGGUUUAUAUGCACAAGGGAAGAGGUCUGGAUGCUCUAAAACGUGAGGAACCUGAGGAUUCACCAUUGGAACCGUUCCUCUCCGUGCUCAGAACCGUUCGGCCCUGCAGUGGAAAACGGGCUAAAUGCAGCCAUUCAGCUCAAAUGUUUGACUCUGCUGCCCUCUGCUGGAUGAACAAGAUACCCUCCAUUUCCUCACGUAAUAAUGUACUGAUUCCCUCUGCUGGACAAACUGGAAACGUUCAAAUCUUUACUAGGAGAUUAAAAAUCAUGAUAUAGGUAACUGGCACAAAAAGAAAAAUAAUCUAAAUAAUCUAAAUAU